AUGGGGGGCAAGAAAGAAUCCAAGGCCGCUUACUUCGAGAAGCUCGAGGCUCUCCUCAAGGAGUACAAGAGCAUCUUCAUCGUCACCGUUGACAAUGUCUCGUCGCAGCAGAUGCACGAGAUCCGUCAGUCGCUCCGCGGCGAGGGUGUCGUCCUCAUGGGAAAGAACACCAUGGUCCGCCGUGCUCUGAAGGGUCUUAUCAACGACUACCCCGAGUACGAGCGUCUCCUUCCCCACGUCAAGGGCAACGUCGGUUUCGUCUUCACCAACGCCGACCUCAAGGACACCCGUGAGAAGAUUCUCUCCAACCGUGUCGCUGCCCCCGCUCGUGCCGGUGCCGUCGCCCCCGGCGAUGUCUACAUUCCCGCCGGAAACACUGGUAUGGAACCCGGAAAGACCUCUUUCUUCCAGGCUCUCGGUGUCCCCACCAAGAUUGCCCGUGGUACCAUCGAAAUUACCUCCGACUUGAAGCUCAUCGAGGCCGGUAACAAGGUCGGUGCCUCCGAGGCUACCCUGCUCAACUUGUUGAACAUCUCUCCCUUCACCUACGGUAUGGGUAUCUUCCAGAUCUACGACAACGGCCAGACCUUCGAUGCCUCCGUCUUGGACAUCGAGGAGUCCCAGCUGCUCAAGGCUUUCUCCUCUGCCAUCGCCACCAUUGCCAGUAUCUCCUUGGCCACCGGCUUCCCCACUCUGCCUUCCGUCAUGCACUCCGUUGUCAACUCCUACAAGAAGGUUCUCUCUGUUGCCAUUGAGACCGACUACGAGUGGGAGGAGAUCGCCGAGCUCAAGGACCGCAUCGCCAACCCCGACAAGUACGCUUCCGCUGGCCCUGCCGCGGCUGCUACUUCCGGUGGUGACGCCCCUGCCGCCAAGGAGGAGGCCAAGGAAGAGGAGAAGGAGGAGUCUGAGGAUGAGGACAUGGGCUUCGGUCUCUUCGACUAA